AUGCCCCGACAAGUCGGCGCAGGCAACAGUCAUUUCCCAUGUCCUAAUGGUAACGGCACCCAGAUUGGUGACGUGGAGAAGUUCAAUGUGCUGUGCGGGCUCGAUAUCGGAGGCGUCGAGAUAGAUCGCAUGCAGGUCGACUCCCUAGGCACAUGCGUCAGUAUAUGCACAUCCUAUCAAGGUACAAGAUGCGAUGGCGUCACCUUCAGACUCGACAACGUCUGUAUAUUCAAGACUGCAUUCAUGGGCGCGCAGUUUCAGAAAACUACAAAUGCCGACUCUGCAAUUGGAAUCUUGCCCAAUCCACCGCCUUCCUCGCGGUGUGACUCCUUGGGCACAGGCGCAAUCCAGCUCGUGACCUCGAAGAACUUCAACUUGCAGUGCGGUCAAGUCUUUGCUGGCAACGACAUUGAGCAGCAGUUUCAGCCCACGUUCGAUGCUUGCCUGAAUGCCUGCGCGGCAAUGACGGCAUGUGGUGGUGUCAGUUAUGACGUUCAGCAAUCCCAAGGCUUCAAGAACUGUUUCCUCAAGACCACCGUGACGACGGGCGGCCUGUUAUCAAAGGCAGGAAUUGAUUCAGCCUUCAUGACCGUUGACAACAGUGUACCCAUGGUUGUUUCUCAACCUAGUUCUUCGGUAUUGCAGGCGACACCGUCUGUUGCGCAGUUGUCUCCAGCCAACACUCCUGAUACUGCCUCUCUCAAUGACCCAUCCUCGCAAUCGACAAGAAUUCUGACGAGCAGUUCAACAAUUUUGCCCCUUUCCGAAACCACAUCGAGUUCCAUCCCCUCCCUUGGACUAGCCACGUCCACUGCAGUCUCUUCAAUGGCGACUACUUCUUCCAAUGCCUGGAUUGCUGCCCCAGUCAUUGGUAGCAUUGCUGCUGUGGCCCUGCUUAUAGGAUUCUAUGUUUUGUGGAUUCGCAGACGUCGCCAAAAUCAUGGGCUCCCCAUCAGUUUUAUUGACAGAUUUCGGGGAGGUGGUAUACACCGUGCCCCCAGCUUUACUGGAGGGGCUAAAUUUGACGAUGAGGCGGCAGUACGCUCACUGAGCGUUUCGUCAUCAAAUUCCCACAACGACAUACUAGUCACCAGGGUUGUGAGCCGCGACAUGGACUCUCCGAGCAGAAGUCGGCCUGGGACGGGAGACGGAGAGGCGCGUUUCCUUGCGCCUCUGGAGUUGCUGCCAUUGGAGGAUGUGGUUGUCGACAAGACUAACUCAGUGCUGAGGAACAGCCAGAAUGGACUCAAGUUGAAUGGUGUGAGUGUUCGCAGCACCGAUAAGGAGCCCCUGUCAGUCACUUCCAAAGAGCGUGACGACACAAAGCCAUCAGACAGCGAAACAAGUGAUCGGACAUCCCAAUAA